AUGCAAGGCAGCUGGGCGAUUCUGAAGAAGAACUGCACGAACUUCUUCCCUGGUGUGGCGCUCUUCGCCAGUCAAACACAGGAGGCGCUCAAUAUAUGGCUACGCAUCUAUAACCGUCAGCUCAAGUACGGGCCACAAGACUUCGUGGAGCAGAGCGAGACGUACUCGCCCGACUACCACAAGCGCUUCCACUCGCAGGACAAGAACAUGUGGGUCGACAAGGAGCUUAGCCAGGAGGUGUCGCAGAAGGAGGUGGCGAAGCUGAUGACAUACAAGCUGGACAUGUGGCGCAUGGUGCACUGCACCGGCUCCGCGCUGGUCGUUGGCGGCUACGCACUGCCCUUCGCUCUCUUCUGGCUGGCCAACGACACGUGGGUGCCGUCCUGUUUCAACCGCACCCCAGAGGAGCUCAAGGCGUGGCGCCACGCGCAGGACUUGUACCGCUACCGCAGCGCCCCGUCGUACCUCACCGACACGAAGUGGCACUUCGACUUUCACGCAUACCCGUGGAACGAGACGCAAGAGCGUGCAUGGGACGACCUCUUCGAGAAGAACGAUGUGCGGCGUGACCCCAAGCUGGUCCGCCACGCCGCGGAGAUGUACGAUGGAUUCAUUAAGUUCGAGCUCAUCCGCCGCAAGUCGCUUCGCCACCUGAGCCGAAGCAUGAACAUCCCCACCUUUCCGAUGCUUACUCGGCUCUGCAACGGUACCCGUGUGCGUGACUACUGGAACCUCGCGUGGUGUGAGGACCACAUGGUCAUCACACAGAAGCUGCACGAAAAGAUGACGGACGAGGAGUUGUACGACUACGCGUGGCGCCGCUUUCUUGCCCCGUACGACAAGAACCUCACCCGUGAGGAAGUUAUGGAGCGUGUGGAGUCAUACUUCGCCUUUCUUGGUCCCGAUUUUAUUGAGACGGGGAAGGCGCCGAACCUUGUCAUUCUGACCAACUACGUGCUCGGCUACUACAACGACCCAGCGUUCCUCGUGGAAGACAUCUCGGAGCUCGACAAGAAUGACUAUGACCACCUUGCCAGCUGGGGCAAGGACGCAUUCCUGCGCCGUCUGGAGUUUGAAAACGGUCCGCUGCGCGACCAGGUAGAGGCGCACACGCAGAAGCUCCUGGAACAACGCGCCGCCGCCGCCAAAAAGGCGCAAUCAGACAGCGCGGCCACGACGGCAGCUUAG